AUUAUUAUAAAUACUGGUAUGCUAACUUGUCUAUCAUCUAAAUUUAAAUACACUUCCGUAGGACUUUUAUAGCAACUUGCUAGGCUUUUUCGUGGUAUGUUGUGUCUGCCUUCGCAUCGCCACAUGCCUUGCAAUGACCUUCUGCUGAUAAAUAAAAGCUCCUCGUUUUAUUUUACGACAAUUUGAUAUGAAAUCAAGGUAAAAUGUUGGCAAGUAGAAUCGGACGUCACAUCCUUCGUAACUUUGGGGGAAUGCAAUGGAGUGGCCUCAUGCAGGUGUCCAGGAAGUUUGCCUGUUUAGGGCAGCGGAUCACUCACUGUUCAACACUGAUUACUAGAGGUUUAUAUGGACAGCUGCACCCAAGACCUGUUGCUUGUUCUGUUCUAGGAACCCAGUCAUUUCACUGGUCUGCACAUAGGCUGAAGAAACGUCCUCCGGAAGAGAGUCCAUCAAGAGAACUCGAUUUGGUUCGUUAUGACAUGAGAGACCUGAAGAAAGCUCCAAAGCCGGCCCUCUAUCUCGGAUUAUCUGGCCUCAUACCUUUUGUAUCCGCUCCUCUACUUAUGGCUGUCACAGAGCUGUAUCUUCCUGAAGUUGCAUUUGCUCAAGUUGCAUACGGAGCAUCCAUUGUUUCUUUUCUCGGUGGGGUACGCUGGGGUUUCGCCUUGCCUGCCGGGAGCCCAGCAAAACCUGACUGGCUCAAUUUAGCCAACAGUGUGGUUCCUUCUCUGAUUGCCUGGACAGCCCUACUUUUUUGCCAUGACAUCACACAGUCUGCUGUGCUUGUGAUAAUGGGGCUUGGGAUAGCAUUGCAUUAUGACCUGUCCCUCCUGCCCACAUAUCCCAGCUGGUUUAAAGCCCUGAGGACCAUCCUCACAGUAGUAGCCUUUUUCUCUUUGAUAGGCACUAUUGUCAUUAAGCAGUAUUAUCCUGAGAAGAAGUAUUUCAAUGAUAAAUGAACUAUGUGCAUUUGCAUCCUAUUCUACAUGUUUAGAAGUGAUUUUGGCUAUUUUUCAGUUUUAAAUUCUGAUAACAUUUGCUUCCUUUUUCUAAAAUAAUAAUUUUUGUUCCCUGUUUUGCAGGUUAUUGGCCAUACAGAUAAAAGUUUUUUUUUCUCACUUUUAAUAUGAAUUCCCAUACUGUAUCAGUUAGAUUCUUUGAAGUAAAAUACUGUGUAAUUAAAACAGACCACAGUAAUGAAAUGCUGAAAUGUUUAAAAUUAAAAUCUGUAUUGUGUGAAACAA